GACGCGCGCGCCGAUCGCACGCAAUGGACGAGCGCGCAUGAGCAACAUGACGCUACGUAGGUUACUGUGCGCGUUGCGGACCGCGCGCGACGCUGUAGCUAGAGGCGCGCCCGCCGCCGACGGACUCUUGAAAUCCUUAGUAUCCCUCAUGGUUAUUUGUUUCAUCGCUGUUUCUUCACCGCCAUCCGCAUCCGCAAAACCGUUCGCCUUCAGCUUCCCGGCCGGCUGGUCGCUAGCUGGACUCGUUGGGACUGUGGGGGCGCGGUCUGAUGAUGCAGAGAGAAGAGACCCCGCGGCCGGGGUCAAGCCGUAUACUGGCAGAAGGGUGGGCAAUGACACCCUGCGCAUGAUCUACUAUCACGACCAGACUGUGGCAGUCGUGGAGCUGGGGCCAGGGAAGCUGCUCCUCAAUUGCGAACUCAUCGAAACUUUUGACGAGGACGAUACGUCACGACUGCUGCGACAGUUGAGCCGCAUCAACCGCCCGCUCGGCGUUACCUUCCCGCAGAUGAUCAAACUCAUGACGCAAUGUCAACAGGUGGAAGGAGUAGAGGCAUCAGAGGAGCCAGAGCGUGCGCCGGCGGCGAGCGCGUGGCGGGCUGCAGGCGCGGGCGCGGGCACGGGGGCUGCGGGGGCGGCGCGGGCGCGGCUGGACGCGGGCGGCGCACAAGCAGGGCUGCUAGGCGGCAGCCCGCUCACGCUGCUGCAAGGGAUCAUACCUGGUACAAAGUGGUGCGGCACGGGCGACAUCGCGACAGACUACCACGACCUGGGCGCGGACCGGCGGCUGGACCGCUGCUGCCGCACGCACGACCUCUGCCCCAGCAAAGUGCGCGCCUUCUCCACCCGCUACAACCUCACCAACAACUCCCUCUACAGCAAGUCCCACUGCACCUGCGACGAUAUGCUCUUCGACUGCCUCAAGGCCACCAACACCUCCGCCUCACACCUCAUGGGCCAUAUCUACUUCAACCUCGUCCAAGUACCCUGCCUCGACGACGCCCCCGCAGGCAGAAAGUUCAGAGACGCCAAACAAGGCUUCUAACUUUUAACCCCAUCUAGCGGGAAAUAGCGGAAUCAAUUUAAAACCUGUAGCGCCACCUGUCGACGGACUUUGUAUUUGUAUAAGUGUUGCACAGAGUAGUUUUUGAUGUAAAACAGCAUUUUGUUUUAUGUGUGUUUGUAAAUAAAUAAUUCUAAAUUACACAUCAAACUGUGAUAUGUCUGUGCCUUUACAUGUAUUUUAGCAAUUUGAGGGACGAUGGCGCUAUAUGAAUACGAGUGUAGGUAGAUAAAUAUUACUGUAAGAUUAACUAUUUAUUUGUUACAAACUAAAAUAACGAAUCAUGACAAUGAACGUUCAAGGGAAUCUAAUUCAUUUUUAUGUCACAGCACUUUUUGUGUAAUAAAAAUCAAAUUAUGUGAAUUCUUAUACCAAAUAAAACGUUUAUUUAUA